CAUUUCUCAGAGUGCUCUAUUCCCACAGUGGGAUGGGCACGAGGGGGCCUGCGUUAUUUAUGAACUCCAGUAUUUGCAUACUACAGUUUUGCAUAGAGAUACACUGCCAUUUUUCUUCAUUGCUUAGUAUAUAUCCCCACUGUCAUACAGACACCAGAGCUGGGCUACAUCUACAGGACCCCCGGGCCACAGAAUAACACCCCACUCAUUCAUCUGAAGAGGACAAGACCACAGAAGACUCAACCAAAGACAGUCUCAGAAGUCAGAAGUCAGGCAGUGUUGGCGUGGAGUGAUGGGGGACUGGAGUCUCUUGGGGAAUUUUCUGGAGGAGGUGCAGGAGCACUCCACAAUAGUGGGGAAGGUGUGGUUGACCGUGCUGUUCAUCUUCCGUAUCCUGGUGCUGGGCACGGCAGCGGAGUCAUCGUGGGGCGACGAGCAGUCCGACUUCAUGUGUGACACACUGCAACCCGGUUGCACCAACGUCUGUUAUGACCGAGCUUUCCCCAUUGCCCAUAUCCGCUACUGGGUGCUGCAGAUCGUCUUCGUAUCAACACCAUCCCUCAUCUACAUGGGCCAUGCCAUGCACACUGUCCGCAUGGAGGAGAAGCGGAAACGGAAGGAGCAUGAGGAGAAGGGUGAAGACAACAAAGGAGAGAAGGAGUAUUUGGAACAGAAAGAGGAAUUCAAAGUUCCAAAGACAAAUAUCCACCUAAAGGGGGCGCUGCUUCAGACGUACAUCCUGAGUAUUGUGAUCCGCUUGGUCAUGGAAGUGACUUUCAUUGUUAUCCAGUACAUGAUGUAUGGGAUCUUCCUGAAUGCUCUGUAUCCUUGUAACAUGUCGCCUUGUCCCAACCGUGUGAAUUGUUACAUGUCCCGUCCAACUGAGAAAAACGUCUUCAUUGUGUUUAUGCUGGCAGUGGCAGGUGUUUCACUGCUCCUCAGUGUGCUAGAACUGUACCACCUUGGAUGGAAAAAGUGCAAGCAAUGCCUUCGAAAAUAUGCCGAAAAAAAUGCCAGUGAUGUCAAAAGCAUUAAUGUUGUUUCUGUAGCCAAACUUGGCAAGACAAGUAUUCCAAUGGAACUGAGUGAAACAGCUCAGCAACAUACCUCCCAAACGUGCACCCCACCCCCAGAUUUCAACCAGUGCCUAGCGUCAAGCCAAGGUCCGAGAUCACCACCGCAUCUGCAUCACCAUCACCUUCAUCACAUCCACCAAUCCUGCCAGCCCUUCACCAACCGCCUGGCCCACCAGCAGAACUCUGUCAACAUGGCCACUGAGCGGCAUCACCACAGCCACGAUGAUCUGGAGCCGGCUGUGGACUUCCUGCAGAUGAGUUACGAGAGUCCUGAGACUCGAGUUCUGGGUGAUAUGACACCAAGUGCCCCCUCCACGCCGUCCCCCCAACCAGGCUACUUCAGAGACAAGCGCCGGCUUAGCAAGACCAGCGGUACUAGUAGUAACCGAGACAGACCAGGUGAUCUGGCCGUGUAGGUUGGAUUAAAGGACCACCCCGGAGGUACUACGAGAUGGGAUAAUUCAUUUCUUCUAGAUAAGAAAGGCUUGAAUAAUACCAUGAAUCAGAGGAUAAUGGGAGUGUGUAAGACAGAGAGAAUCUGUAUAAUUCUGGUUUCAUUGAAACUGUUGUGGAAAGUGCAUGUACAUUUUAAUAGUGUGGGUCAGAUAAUCCUGAAUAAAAGAGUGUUAAUAUAUAGAUGAAUGGAUGGUUGAAUGGAAGAUAAAAGGACUACUGAAAUAACUUUGUGGGAUUUACAAGAUAGUACUUGAUAGUUUUGCACACUGAUAAUGUUCAUAUUUUAGGAAAAGUAGUUUUGAUGUAGGUUCUUGUGUUCUGUAAUUUAAAACCCGCCAAUCAAACACUGAGCAAAAAAGCAAUAAAGCGCUUAAACACAUCUUAAUAAAAAUCAUUGCAAAAUAAAUAAAUGAAAUAAGUGUAAAUAAAUAAAGAAAAAGAAAGAAAAAAAAUACCAUGCCUUAUUGUGUGAUGAUUUUACUAAGAUUUAUGAAAUUUAUUAGCAAUAAAUAACUACAGAAAAGUUUAUGUGAAAUAAAUAGCAUUAAAUUGGUGAAUCAAGAUAUUCUUAAUAUUAUGAUAAACUUACCAGGAAUGCAAAUAUGUGUGCAUUAUCAAGACACAAGAAUUAUUGGUUAAAGAAGUGAGGCUAUAUUAAAUGAGAUAUCAAAACAGAGGAACUCUCAAAUCAUUUUUGGCAUUAAGGCAAUAAAUAAAUAAAUAAGCCUAUUGAACGAAAACAAAACAUAUGAAUGCCUGUAGAAAGUGCCUUGAAAGAGUAGAUCAAAAAGAUAAGAGGGCAAGAACAAACAGCUUGUUCAUUAAAAUGUCAAUGAAAUCAUCUGUCAGAGUGUACCAGUAUUCAGGAAAAUGAUUUACUGUCACUGUGUUACCUUUCAAAACGUUGUUUAGUCUUUUGAUGUAGUCAUCUCUAUUCCUUUAUAUGUUAUAUUUAAUGUUGGAUUAGUGUAUGAAGUUCUUAGAAUUAAAAACAAUAUGACCAGAUUAGAGUUAGUCUAGGUACUGUAAUCUUUCUUUCACAGUUAAUGACAUCUGAUCUUUAUUUCACUUCAUUCUGCGGUCACAUGGUGUCUCAUUUCUUCUGAUAUGUUAACAGUACACAAUAAAAACAUCCCAGCAGUAA